CACAGCCAGACACUGAGCUGCAACCAACAGGAGCACAAACACACUACUGGACUUCUGCCAGAUACUCUACAUGGAGGAAAAACUGAUUGUGGGGAUGUGGACGCAGUUAUAAGGAUCAUUUCUCAGUUUUAGUUUUCCGCUGAAGGAGAAGAAGAAGAAGAAGAAGAAGGGGGUGGUGCGUGUGAGCAAGAGAUCCUGUUACAGAGGUCCAGACUUUUUUCAAGUUUUUUUUUUUUUUUUUUUCCUGAAAGUGGGGGAAUACUUUUUGGAACUACUGGAGCUGAAUAAUGAGGGAAUUCAGGACGAUUCUGUGGGACACGGACGAAAAGUGCAGAAGCAAAAAGUUUGAGAGGACUGCGAGAAAACUUUAGAGGGGAAAAAAACCCACCCCGCUGCAGCUUUUCUGCAGUAUGGAAACUUACAAAUCAGACGUAGAAACCAGCUUUCACCAGAGAAGCGUGUAGUUUGGUAGCUGAAGCCUCAAGGAUUUUGAAAUCCGCUGGAUUUUUUUCUUUUUUUCUUUUCCCCCUCAGGUCCGUCUUCUUUCCCAAGAUGUCUUCCCAGGGUCGGAGCCCCAUUGUUGGGAUGCUUUGCGUCUGGGCUGCCUGGCUGUCGGGCUGCAGGGCAGCGCUGGCCUCGAACGGGACUAUGUUUGAGGACAAAUGCAAGAAAACCUCCACUUGUGAGGUGCUUAAAUACAACACAUGUUUGGGUUCACCUUUACCCUACACCCAUACAUCUCUGAUCCUGGCGGAGGACUCCAGCACCCAAGAGGAGGCUUUUGAGAAGCUGACCAUGUGGUCUGGAUUGCGAAACGCCCCACGUUGCUGGUCAGUCAUCCAGCCGCUGCUCUGUGCCAUCUACAUGCCGAAAUGCGAGAAUGGCCGAGUGGAGCUGCCCAGCAAGAGCCUGUGUAUGGCCACACGUCGCCCGUGCAGCAUUGUGGAUCGGGAGAGAGGAUGGCCCAAUUUCCUCAAAUGUGACAAAUUCCCCGUGGGCUGUUCGAAUGAAGUGCAGAAGCUGAAGUUCAACACAUCAGGCCAGUGCGAAGCCCCUCUAGUGAAGACAGACAUUCAGUCGAGUUGGUACAAGGAUGUAGAAGGUUGUGGCAUCCAGUGCGACAACCCCCUGUUCACCGAAGAGGAGCACAAUGACAUGCACGCCUACAUUGCUUACUUUGGCACAGUCACACUCCUCUGUACCUUUUUCACUUUGGCCACAUUUCUUGCUGACUGGAAAAACUCGAACCGCUACCCGGCCGUCAUUCUCUUCUACAUCAACGCCUGCUUCUUUGUGGGCAGCAUCGGCUGGCUCGCCCAGUUUCUGGACGGCGCACGCAAAGAGAUUGUGUGCAAGAGCGACAACACCAUGCGGCUCGGGGAGCCCUCAUCUUCAGAAACGCUCUCGUGCGUCACCAUCUUCAUCAUCGUCUACUACUCCUUGAUGUCGGGCGUGAUUUGGUUCGUUGUGCUGACCUACGCCUGGCACACCUCCUUCAAGGCUCUGGGCACAACUCACCAGCCGCUGUCUGGACGGACCUCCUACUUCCACAUGGUGACCUGGUCCAUUCCCUUUGUCCUCACCGUGGCCAUCCUUGCUAUAGCUGAGGUGGAUGGAGACUCUGUGAGUGGGAUCUGCUUCGUCGGCUACAAGAACUACCACUACCGAGCGGGGUUUGUGCUGGCACCCAUUGGAGUGGUGCUUGUUGUUGGUGGUUACUUUCUCAUUCGGGGUGUCAUGACCUUAUUUUCCAUCAAGAGUAACCACCCAGGACUGCUGAGUGAGAAAGCGGCCAGCAAAAUCAACGAGACAAUGCUGAGACUAGGUAUAUUUGGAUUCCUUGCGUUUGGCUUUGUUUUCAUCACAUUUGGAUGUCACUUCUAUGACUUCUUCAACCAGGCUGAAUGGGAGAGAAGCUUCAGAGAAUAUGUGCUAUGUGAAGCCAACGUGACAAUCGCCUCUCAAACCAACAAGCCCAUCCCAGAAUGCACCAUUAAAAACCGUCCCAGCCUGAUGGUGGAGAAGAUCAACCUGUUCUCCAUGUUUGGCACAGGAAUCGCCAUGAGCACCUGGGUCUGGACCAAAGCCACCUUCCUCAUCUGGAAGCGCACUUGGUUCAAGAUCAUUGGUCGAAGUGACAACGAACCUAAGAGGAUAAAGAAGAGCAAGAUGAUUGCUAAAGCAUUCGCAAUGAGAAAGGAGCUCCACAAGGACCCGGAGAAGGAGCUGUCCUUCAGCAUGCAUACUGUGUCACAUGAUGGCCCAGUGGCUGGAAUCAAUUUUGACCUGAACGAGCCGUCCAACGAUGUUUCAUCAGCAUGGGCCCUACAUGUCCCCAAGAUGGUCGCCAGACGGGGAGCCAUUCUGCCACAGGACAUUUCCGUCACUCCUACUGGGACUCCGGUGCCCCCUCCAGAGGAGAGGAACAGACUGUGGAUGGUGGAGGCAGACAUAUCACCUGAGAUGAUAAAGAGGAAAAAGAAGAAGAAGAAAAGGAGGAAGGAGGUGCGUAAGCCUGACGAGGUGGCGGAAAACCAGACUCGCCUUCAGCGAGAGUUUGGCCGCAGCUCGGUUCCUCGCCUGCCGAAGCUUCCCUGCCACCCGAGCCUGGUGGCCAAUCUGCGUGAACAGCAGAGGCAGCAGACGCUGGAGCAGGGGGUUCUGCCGGGCUCGUUGCCGGAUUACGAACCCUGCGAGGAGAGGUGUUCAUACCUGGAGUGCCAGAGCGGCAGAAACGGCUACCUGAUGGCCCGAGUUGAUCGUCCGGAAAAUCUGGGCCUCAGGCCAAGCUGCCGCCCUUUGACUUCAAACUGGCAGCCCAGUGGAUCGUUAAUGUACCCCGGAGAGGUGGAGCAUACCGACGGGCUGUCGGAGAGAAUGGCUCAUGUGGCUCGGGUACCGGUGGGCCGCAGGGCAGGCUACGGACCCAUCCACUCCAGGACCAAUUUAAUGGAGGCGGAGCUUAUGGAUGCUGACUCUGACUUUUAAAACUGCAGAGUAAGCAAGAAAAAAAACAAAACAAAAGUAACUUUAAGAGAUUCCUACUCAAGUGUACCAGAUCCAACAUCACUAAGAUCCUAAAUGUACGAUUAGUUUCAAGCCUCUGUUAUUUACAUUGCGUGAGUGUGUCUGAGUGAGCGUGUUAUGUAAAUAUCUUUUAAAAAGAUUAGUUUUUAUACCAUAUUCUGUACAUUAUCCUCCAAUGUGUUCUUUAUAAGUAAGAAAAAAGCAACAACAACAACUCUGUGACAACAACACAGAUCAGGCAGCUAAGCUAUUUGUGUCUUGUUAGCAUGGGUUAAUGUGGGGGCCACCUUAUUAGGAGGAACACUAUUUUCCACAUAAUGACUUUCAAUUUUUGUUCAGAGCUGUUUUAAAACAGCGUAACUUGUAUCUUUUUAUAUAUAUAUAAGUGACUGAAUUUGGUAGAACCAUCUUUUCAGCCAACUGACCAGCGUGGCCUGCAGCAGGUAUGGAUGGAGUGCUGAUCCAUGCUUACUAGAGCCAGAGGAAAAAAAAAAAAUUAUUUCGUCACUUUCUCUUGAAUCAAAUUAUUAGCUUUAGACCCCCGAAGGGUAUUUUAUAGGGAAACAUUUCACAUAUCUGCCCCGUAGCCAGCCCAUGCCUCCGACAAAGUGAUCAAUUUUUAUUCCUAGACACCUAUAUCUUACUGAUCAGCAAUUUCCUGAUAAAUAAAACCGUGGUGUCCUAGUUAGAGGUGAUUUAUAAUUUUGGGGUAAUUCAGUCAAACUAUUUCAAAGUAACAUAUAGCUCUACUUUUGUAUUACAAAAAACAUAAAAUAUAUACCUUUCUCUACUGAAACUAAAAAUGAGCUAACUUGAUGCUCUAAUGUUACCAGUAUUAGAAAAAUAAUCACUAAUUCAAACAGUAGAGUAAAAGUGGCACAAAAGAAGAAUGAAGUCUGCACGAGACUGUGCCACUUCACACUUUGUUGGUUUACUUGAGUUUGACAGAUGAUCCCUUUGUCUGCCCUGGUGUCCCUGUUCUUAGUGUUUCUUGACUUUCUGUAGUCACAACGUUCUUGUGCAAAACUCUUUUGGUAUUUGCUUUGUUGCCUGGUGCAAUAAUGCAUCUCUUUGUCUUUUGUUUGGAAAAAAAAAAACACUUUUAUGAAUCUGCAUUUGUCUGAUUUUCUCUCCACUUUUCUGUUUUGUACAUUUAGAGAAAAGAAAUAUGUAUUUGUACUGUAUAUACUGUUGUGUAUAUUAUGUUUAAAGUGGUUUCUGGAUGUUAUUGUCCUCUAUGGUUUAGUGUUUCAUCUGUAUCACAGAUGCUUGGUUUCUCAGCAGAAUAUUUCCUUGUUUCCCUGUUUAAAUUAAGGUGCUAUUUACGUAUAUCCUUUGUACGACUCUGCAAGUAGCUCACGCGUUCUGCAGAGUUGAUCAAUAAAAAGGGAUGAGUUUACUGUAUUUUUCGUUCACAUAACUCUUUCACUGUUAUUUGUGAUUUAACCAAAACAAAGUGGUGAGGUGCAAGUUCAUGCGUGCAGUUCUAUUGUUUCACAGCCAACACACAAAAAAAAACCCUUCUAUUUUUUAUUGCAUUUAGUGAAAAUCAUGUCAGAUUUAUUUAAGCUACACUUUUAAUAACUGAAAUGUGGCGUAGCUCAUGUUCAGGAACUGUUCGAAUAUUAAAUCAAGAGUGCUUUUUUUUAUGUCCUUGGAAAGUAAAUACUUCUGCUUUUAUAGACUGUUUCACAACAUUGUUUUGUAGAAAAUAAUACUUUCACUUAACUGUGCAGCUAUGCUUGGUUUGUUUUUAUAUGGAAAUAAAAGUAAUACCACAGAA